CGAUUCUAGCCACAACCGGAAAUUCCAGCCACUUUCCUUUCCUACGAUCUUCGUGGGAGCAUUCACCAGAACCUGUCAAUACUCCUACAUUUUAGUUUUACCUGCUCCAAAAACAAAAACAAAAUCUGAAUCUUUGUCUUUUCUUUUCAGCUCUUUACUUGGUGGUCCAGCCGCAUGGCUCACCUGACAUUCCGGACUGGGGAUCCUCACAACGCAGAACAGUCCAGCACUGCUGAGCACCAGAAACACCGGCCGGCACCAGAAACACCAGCUACCUCCAUACAUCUACCAGCUCCAAACAUCCGUACCACAACGUCUAACACGGCUGGUGCCCUCAACUGCAAAACUCCGAACCCAAGAUGUCGAUCACGUGACACGCCCUCUAUUUACCUUUUCCCCUUUCCGCCAAUCGAUCCCUUCCACAUCUACAUCCCGUCUACUUCUGACAAGCUCUACGGCCUCCACGUCUUCACGCCAACCACGUCCACCGUCCCACGGCUCCUCCACGGCUCCUCCACGGCUCCUCCACCUUCCUCCACCUUCCUCCUCUCUUCCAUCUUCCUCAACUCCUCCAACUUCCUCAACUUCUUAUCCUCCACCAUGGACUUUGGCGUCUCCCACCACGACCAGCCCAUACUGCACCAUCUCCAUCAAGACGCCAACACGACAGUGUCGCCGUCGUCGUUCAACUGCACAUUCAACACCUCGCUUGAGCUCAGUACUCCAAUCAAAAAGAUCCGUAACUUGACGAUUCACUCACCAAAACCCUCUUCCAUGUACCCCAGCCUUGAUGAUAUCGUGAUCUCGCCCAAGAACGAGGGUCCAGGACUGCCAUCGCAGAUGGCCAGAUCCAUGCUCAACAAGGGAUACUCCAAGAAACUCACCAAUAAUGUGUUGGAAGAGCUCAACUUGCGAGCCAGCGAGAUCUCCAAACAAAUCAGCUCGCCUCCAUCUGCAUCGUCAGAGCCUCUCAGCUCACAGUCGCUUCGUGCCAGGCGCAACAAGCGCUACAGUGGCAUCCAUCGCUCCAAAUUCAAUAAUAUGGACUCGAUCUCCACCCACUAUGCCGUGUCCUCCACCUCCUACAAGGAGCCUCUAGACCACCACAGCAUUCACCACAGCAUCCAUAACCAUCACCACACCACUGCUGUCAAGUCGUCGCCCAUAAAAAGAGUGGAGGCACGAAGAAAACCCUCUAGUGAGCCCACUGAAUCCCACACCAAGAGGCGUAGAACACUCAACGGACCCGACGAAAUUCCAAAUUUCAAGCCAUCCUCCAAUAUCCUGCCUUUGAAGGCUCCUGGAAUACCGUCUACAGCAGAGCUUGCAUCCAGCCCCAUCCGCAAGAUCUCACCCUCGAAAAAGUCCAUGAACUUGAAUUCCAUAUUGACCAGCGAAGACACUCCCAUGGAUGACAUGCUGUCUCCCGAGAAAGGGAAGUUCAUCAAGCCGUUCCCUCCUAGCUCCAAAUUUAGGGUCUCAUCGUUGGAACAGGCAGGCGUGAAACCCACCCUCCAGCCGGCUGUUACUCUCCACAAAAAGUCUUCCAUACCCACUUUACAGAAGAAGACUUCAAUUCCUCAACUUCAGAAAAAGCUGUCGAUUCCAAGUCUUCAGAAAAAGCCCAGUUUGUCCAAUUUCGCAUCCAGCCCAUCAGCCCCAUCCUACGAGUUACACAAGAAAUCAUCCAUUCCUACUCUUCAACGCAAGUCCUCCACUCCCAGUCUUUCCCCUGCAAACACCCCAAAAUCCAGCAUUAAUUCCCAAUCAAGACAACAGGUGUCCCAGCCAAGACUCAAUAAAUCCACCACCCAUAGUACUUUGAGUUCAAGCAUUCCCCAGCCAUCAAGCCAGAUACCCACCAGUCGCUCCGCAUCCAGAAACCUCAAUACCCACAAUUCACAGACGAACCCGAUCCGUCUUUCCAGCUCUUCCAAGUCACUAACUGGGAAGUAUACUGUUCCUCAGCAAAACACUUUGUAUGACAAACCAACGAUAUCAUCUUCGCAGAAGUCGUUGAACAAGUUUCAGAGGUUCAAGGAUAGGUUCAACUGAGAUGCCUGAACUGGUCUUCAGAGCAACAGCAUAACUCCAAGGGCCAAUUGUCCCUAACAAGAUGGUAGAGAGAACUGGUUGAUAACCAGGAAAAAUUCAUCAUAGAUGGACUUUAUAAAUUAAUUGAUACCCUUAUAGAUGAGCAGAACUGUAGUUUUGGCGAAGAAAUUGUACCUUGUAUUUGGGCACAAUUUCGCAGCCACUAUG